AUGGCAACCUCAAGAGAGAACAUAACUCUCCCUCCGUCUUCAUCUCAAGCCCCGCCUCCGGCAUCACAAUCACACUUCGCCACCUUCGACAACUUUACCCCCGAUGACAGUGCGUCCUUUGACCACGAGUUUGCACGCCUAGCGUCGUCUCAAGAAUGGCUUCCCGGCUCGCAACAGUACACUAGGGAACGCACCAUUGCCAUGCGGGAGGAGUUGGAGUCGCAUUACUUUCCCUCAACGCCACCUAUCAUCAACAAUAACAAGCGGACGAAACGGCUCAUCAAGGAGCAGCAGCUGAAGGGCUACCAAGAUCUGUGCCGUGAGAUCAGCUUGCCCCUGGGCGACUCUGUUGACGAGUGCAAGAAGAGCCUGAAGAGCACGCUGGUCAACAUUGUGGACCUUAUUGAUGCGCGGCGGACGCACUCGGCAGUUAGGGUUUGGCAAGAUUUCGACGCAUUUCGCAAUUAUACGCUCCAGGAUGAACAUCGGAUAGACAAGGAGGAGGCCAAGAAGGGCGAGGGGAUCCUUGCGUCUUUGCUGCAGAACUUUGGGCUGGGGCAACGACAAAAAGGAAGACGAGGAAAGAGGAAUGCACCCGUACACAAAGUCCUUAGGAGACGCGACGAAGCCUGA